UAUAACUGACAAAUGCAUGACACUGUAGAUGCUCUGUGAUUCUAAAUAAAGCUCAGAUGAGAUGUGCAGAAAUUAGAGAGGGAGGGAUGAAUGGAGGAGAGAGGCAGGCAGACACAGGGGCGGGAGACAGAAAGAAAGAGAGAAGAAAGCGACACCGAGAGAGCGAGCUGCAGAUUAAGACGUGUUUUUUUCCUGUGUAAGCCUGCACUGCUGCAGCCCAUCUAUCCGCGUAGUCAGUCCAAGAAACAGAGGCAGAGACGGGGUCACUUUUUUUCCCCCCGAGCGCGUCUAACGCACCGCAUCUCCGCGCCGCGUCUCACCGAUGCACAGCAGCCGGGUGAAGACAUGUUUCAGGAGAUAAGAAUCCCUCUGUGAUUUGGAUUAGUCUGUCUGGGAGUCACCGUGAAGUCUGCUGGAAAUGAACACUGAAGGUGCAUGUCGGUCUCAGAGCAUUCAUGAUAAGAGUCGGCGCUUCUCCUCCUUCCCCAUCCACAUGAGAAGUUUGACCGGAGCUGGCUGAAGGGAGGCUACCUGUGAUUCCCAUUGGCUGGUAAAUCUUUGGAGCUCAAGCAACUGGACGACUGUUUCACAGGACACUGUGGGUUGCAUGCAUCAGUGCCAAGAAAUUGCAUUACGUGGGAGACUUCUGCUAAGGAGACACAGAGACGUUUCUGGAGGAUGGAGGUGGGAGCUGAGCAAGGACGUGCACAGAGGAACGGACGCAGUGACGCCGUGGCCAGAGAACCGCGCCCCUCUCCCUGCACCAGCCUGAAGAUGUUUCUGGUGGCUUUGUCCUUUGCCUAUUUUGCAAAGGCUCUGUCAGGGAGCUACAUGAAGAGCACAAUAACUCAGCUGGAGAGGCGCUUUGACAUCCCCAGUUACCUAAUAGGUGUCAUUGACGGAAGCUUCGAGAUAGGUAACCUGUUGGUGAUAGCUUUCGUCAGUUACUUUGGAGCCAAGCUCCAUCGGCCAAAGAUCAUCGCAGUGGGUUGUGUACUGAUGUCCAUUGGCACCUUCAUCAUCGCUCUGCCUCACUUCAUCAUAGGACGCUAUGAAUUUGAAACGUCGGUGCGGUGGGUAGUGAACUCAACACUUAACCCUUCUCCUUGUCCAGUGGGCUCACCAGCAGACCUGACCCAAGAUGGUAAAAUGCCUCAAGUGCCAGCCACAGGUUGUGAAGGCGAGUCCAACCUGUCGAUGUGGAUCUAUGUACUCCUGGGAAAUGUCUUGCGAGGGAUCGGAGAGACGCCUGUUCAGCCACUUGGGAUCUCUUAUAUAGAUGAUUUUGCUACUGAGGAGAAUGCAGCGCUAUAUGUUGGCUGUGUGCAGACCAUUUCAGUAGUAGGACCUGUGUUUGGCUACCUGUUAGGCUCCCUCUGUGCCAAAAUAUAUGUGGACAUUGGAUUCGUAAAAAUGGAGACCAUCACCAUCACCCCAGCAGAUGCGCGUUGGGUGGGGGCUUGGUGGCUUGGCUACCUCAUUGCUGGGGUCAUCACCCUGCUCUCUGCCAUCCCUUUCUGGUUUCUGCCCCGCUCCCUGCCCUUAUCCGGGCCCCAGGGCCCAGAAAAGUGCACACCAGAGCAGACAAGUUUCAUUAAAGACCCUCCUCAUCUGAAGCACAAGUAUCCUGCAGACGAAAACACGACUUUCAUAGAGAUGGCCAAAGACUUUAUUCCAACCCUGCGGACUCUGCUGGGACACCCUGUGUAUCUGAUCUAUCUCUGUGUGACAAUCAUCCAGCUGAACUCUCUUAUCGGCAUGGUCACCUACAAGCCCAAGUACAUUGAGCAGCACUUCAGACAGUCUGCCUCAAAGGCCAAUUUUCUCAUGGGUGUGAUCAAUAUCCCAGCUGUGGCGCUGGGGAUGUUUUCUGGAGGUCUGCUGAUGAAGAGGCUAAAGCUGAACAUCAUGGGAGCAGCUCGGUUUGCCUUCGGCACAUCUUUGAUCGGUUACAUCCUGUCACUGUUCUUCUUUGCAAUGAGCUGUGAGAAUGCCAGGGUAGCUGGUGUGACACUGUCAUACAACAGCAUGGAUACGAUAUCUUAUGAUAAACACUCAGUGUUCACAGCCUGCAACUCAGACUGUUUUUGUUCAGCGAGUGACUGGGAUCCAGUCUGUGGAGAGAAUGGCAUCACAUAUGUCUCUCCCUGUCUCGCUGGCUGCACCAGCUCUGCUGGCUCAGGGAAAAACACAGUCUUCUCUAAUUGUAGCUGUGUCGGUGUGGCUGGUAACUUUACGGCCAGUACAGGUCAGUGCCCUCACAAGGACGACUGUGACAGGAUGUUCCCGUACUUCCUGGCUCUCUCGGUCAUCACUUCCUUCAUCAUCUCCCUUGGGGGCACACCGGGCUACAUGUUUCUAAUCAGGUGCAUCAAACCACAACUGAAAUCUCUGGCGUUGGGUUUCCAUGCUCUAGCAACACGUACCCUUGCCGGGAUCCCAGCACCCAUCUACUUUGGAGCAAUCAUUGACACCACAUGUCUAAAAUGGGGCCAGAAGAGGUGUGGAGGCAUAGGAGCCUGUAGAAUCUACAACACGACUGCAUACAGGAUAGCAUACCUGGGUCUGACACUGAGCCUACGGACCAUCUCGUUUAUCAUUUGCAUCCCGGGCUUCAUCCUGCUUGGUCGACAGCUGAGGAAGGAGGAAAGAAAUGCCAUCCACGGAGCUCUGGCCAACGGCGGCACAGAGCUGGAGGCACUCAGGAAGGAAGAGUUUGUGAUUUCUAAUUCUGACCAAUCACAACAAACGCAAGACAACAGCACAGACAGGGAGACACGGCUGUGACAGACCCACAAGAACUGACCCCCUCUUGUCUCCUUCACACACACACACACACACAUACACACCACAGGUGAACAAAUACACCCUCAGUAUGAACACAGUGAUACUGUACACGCACACACUCAAAUGAGAUUUGCAGGGAAUCACGUAUCUGAUCAUCUCAUACAAAGCAUAAAUUCUAUAUUUGUACUACUGGACCUGGGAGACUUUGUGAAUUUGACAGGAAAUUUGAUAUAACUGAAAUAUUUCUUGAAUGUAUAUGCUGUUUUUUUUUUUUUCUUAAAAAGAAAAAUUUAACAAUGUUUUUCUGGUUUUAAUGGAGGCACAAGAGAUAAGACGAGAUGUUACUACUACAAAAGCAGUAUCAUUCUGAAAACCAGCACUUAUAAAGCUGCCUCUUUGGAUUUUUCUUUGUCUUGUUGACAUCACUGUUCCUGAACAGAGGAAGUGGCCUUAUAACCCAGAGGCAUGGCACUAAAUUUAAACAAAAUAACUGUUUAAAGAUUAGGCCUUCAAGCAGACAGGAAAUAAUGGUUUAUUUUGUUCAGAAUUUUAAAUAGAAAAGAUAACAGUAACUUUCAGAGGGGUUGGCAGUUGCCGAUUUGACAAAUGUGCCUCAUUCACUCAACGGUUACCUCUAAAUCAUGCAUCUCACAGUUUGAGCAGAUAUCUAAACACUGUUUUAUUUGACUUUUACACUCACUUUAGAAAAAAGAUUCAUGUCUGACUGACUCUAACACUUUUGUCUUUUACUUUAAGCCCAAAGUCAGGUUUGAUUGUACUGAAGUCUGCGUUGUGCGCUUUCUGGACGUGAACUUGUUCCUUUGGUACUUGUACUCACUAAAAGCGGAAACUGUAUUUUAGUGAGAUUUGCUUACCUGUUUGUCUAGUGGAGGCUGCUUCAUAGUUUUAUACUUUCAACCAGCACUAGCCCAAGUUAAUUCAUUUAAAUGUGGUAUUAAUGAAGAAAAAAAUACAUAUCAAGAGUACACGACACUAAACUUUGUCAUGACACUGAUACAAUUACACUAAAUUUGUUCAGAAUAUCUGGCUUCGCCUCAGCAGGUGGUAUUGAGCAGUCAUUUUGUUGGAACAGAUGGCUGAGGUGAACGCUUGCUCUUGUGUCUGCCACCUGUAAAAGGCAGAUUUAGUACUACUGCAACACUGAUAAAAGAUACUGUGUGCUGUUCCAGUCUUUAGGCAAAUGAUUCCACUGUGUGUGUGACAUGUCACCACAGGAAAUGUUACUGAUAUGUAUAAGCUCCGCUUCCACGUCUGCAGCCGUUGCUCUACAUAUUGUUUCACUUUUUUUUUUUAGUUUAUAUUGGGGGGUUUUUCUUUGUGUAUUUUUGCGUGUGCAAGAACUCCUGUGCCAAAACCCACAGACAGACAGAUCAUGGUCUAAACUCAGGUUUUUCCUAUACUCAUAAACCACUCCAUCCCAUAAUCACAACCCAUUUCCUUGAAAUCUGUCAAGAAUAAUUUCUAAAAUAAAAUUAAUCGACUAGCUACUGUAUCUCAAGGCAAUUUGUUUUUAAAAAGAGUAUUACUUUUGUGUUUGUAAAUGUAUAGCAUAUUAUCAUUUUGUAAGCCUUCAUUUCCAAAAUGGACACAUACCAUUUUGCUAACUUACACUACGUGGUGACUGAAUCAUCUUUGCAAUUCAGGUUUAGUUUCAGGCACAGGCGGCCACAACUGCAGACUCAGAGGAGCAGCGAGAGGCGUAGAGGAAGGAAGUCAUUAUCUCAGUAA